AUGGCAAAUCCAGAGGUAGACCCACGCUGCACGCACGCACAAGCCAUCAAGACAUGCAUAAACCCCAACCCCCAAAACAGAGCUUUCUUCAACAAUCUCAUCACUCUCUACGCCAAUUCCAAUCUCCAUUCCUCUGCUCUUCAACUCUUCUACUCCAUUCCAUGUCCCAACACCGUCACAUGGACUUCCAUCAUUUCUGCAGUUGCCAAUUCACCACUCGCCAUCCGCCUUUUCCUCUCCAUGCUCCGCCACCCCCGGCAAACUCUCCCCAAUGCCCGGACUUUGGCCACUUUACUCAAGACCUGCGCUUCUUUACCCAAUAAUUGGCUCGGCCCGCAGCUCCAGUCACUUUCGUUUAAGCUCUCUUUGUAUGAGAACCCUUUUGUUGGCUCGGCUUUCGUAUCCCUGUAUUGUAAGAUCCGGGAUAUGGACGCUGCGCGGAAGGUGUUUGAUGAAAUGUGUGAACGUGAUGUGGUUUGUUUUGCGGCGAUAAUUAAUGGGUUGGCUCAGAAUAAGAGGCCUGUGGAUGCUUUGCGGUAUUUUGUUGAGAUGAGGAGGCAAGAUGUGGCAUCGACGUUUUAUAGCGUUUCCGGAGCUUUGUCUGCUGCUUCCGGGGCGGCCAUGCUUGAGCAAUGUAUGAUUAUUCAUGGGCAUGCGGUGAUUACCGGGUUGGAUAGAGAUACUUACGUAGGAACCGCAUUGAUAGAUGGGUAUGGGAAGUGUGGGCUUGUGGAGGAGGCGAGGGGAGUGUUCAAUGAGUUAGAGACAGGGCUGAAUGUAGCUGUGUGGAAUGCAAUGAUGGCAGGGUAUGCACAACAGGGGAGCAAAGAAAAUGUUCUUGAAAUUUUUAGGUUGAUGGAGAGUCGAGGAAUAGAGCCAGACGAGUACAGUUUCUUGGCAGUUUUGUCGGCAUUUUGCAAUGCGGGUAUGGCAACGGAAACUGAAAUGUGGCUGAAUAGGAUGAAAAUGCAGUAUGAAUUAGAGCCAAAGAUCGAGCACUAUACAUGUUUAGUGGGUGCAAUGGGGAGAGCAGGAAGGUUAGAGGAGGCAGAGAAAGCAGCUUUGACAAUGCCAUAUGAGCCCGAUGCAGCUGUGUGGCGAGUGGUGUUGUCUAGCUGUGUAAACAGUGGAAACACCGACCUUGCUUGGAGGAUGACUGAGAAAUUGUUGGAAAUUGACCCAACUGAUGACUCGGCCUACGUGAUCAUGGCAAAUGUACUUGCAAGUGCUGCAAAAUGGGAUGAGGUUAAGAAAGUGUGGAAGAUGAUGAGAGACAAGAGAGUGAGAAAGGAGGUUGGGAGGAGUUGGAUUGAAUUGCGGGGAGCUGUUCAUGUGUUCUUCGCUGGAGAUAGAAGGCAUGCCAGGAAGGACGAGAUUUAUGCAAAGCUAACAGAAUUGAUGACAGACAUUGAGAAAUUGGGGUAUGUGCCGAAUUCGGAAGAGAUGUUGCACGAAGUAGACGAGAAAGAGAAGAAGGACCUGCUUUGGUAUCACAGUGAGAAAUUGGCAGUGGCGUUCGGAUUAAUGAGUGGGGUAACACCACCUGGGAAGUCCCUGAGGAUUAUAAAGAAUUUGAGGAUCUGUAAAGAUUGUCACCAGGCUUUCAAAUUUAUUAGCACAGUGGCGAAGAGGGAGAUCAUUGUGAGGGAUGUCCAUAGAUAUCAUAGAUUCUUGAAUGGAAGUUGCAGUUGUGGUGAUUCCUGGAGGAAUGAAACUUGUUCUUCCAUGAAUACUCUGGUUGAGAAUCGACACCAUCUCAGAGUAACACUCUGCAUGGUAGUCAAAUUCCUUUCUUCUUGCCCCCCUUCAAGAGAGAGAAGCGUCACGAAACUCCACAUGCCUAUUCUUGAACAGCUAGGGGGCAGGCCAGGCCUUCUUGUUAAUCCAUUAUUCAUUGAGGAGUUGGAUGUCUAA